AUGAAUACCUACUUAAAUACUUAUUUCUUCGAAAGAUCAACCAAUGGGUUCUUAUUUGACAAUCAUAUUGGAACUGGCCCUUCCAUAUGUGAUACAAAUGAAUUGACAAUGGUUAAGACUGGCACCACAAUCGUGGGGGUUGCUUGUAAUGAUUGCGUAGUUCUUGGCGCAGAUACUAGAGCAACCAAUGGCCCUAUAGUUGCAGAUAAGGAUUGUGACAAGAUACAUCGGCUUUCAGACAAUAUCUUUGCUGCUGGGGCAGGAACGGCUGCUGACCUUGAUCAUGUGACUUCUCUUAUUGAAGGGAAUCUAGAGUUACAGAAACUACAAAUGAAUCGAAAACCCAGAGUGGCGAAUGCAGUUUCUAUGCUUAGUAAUCACUUAUAUAAAUAUCAAGGUUAUGUUGGUGCCCAUUUAAUAGUUGCAGGGUCUGAUUCUACCGGAAAUUAUGUAUUUCAAGUUUCAGCAAAUGGUUGUAUUAUGCAGUUGCCUUUCACGUCCAUGGGGAGCGGUUCACUGUGUGCGAGAUCGAUAUUGGAAGCAAGAUAUAGAGAUGGCCUAACAGAGAAUGAGUGUGUAGAAUUAGUUUCAGCAGCGAUCAGGGCAGGGAUCUAUAAUGAUCUCUAUAGCGGAAGUAACGUGAAUAUUCUCGUCAUCAAAAGCAAUUCUGUCAAACAUUUUAGACAUUUCGAUACAGAUGCUAGUGAAAGAAUCUACCGUCAGCCAAAACCCAUUUCAUUCCCUAUUGGGACGACUCCUAUCAUUUCAGAAAAGACGGAGGAUUUGAGUUCAUUCGUCGUAGAAAUAUCUGAAGCACAAAUAGAAGAUGAAAAUAUGGAUUAG